AUGUCAACGGGCAGCUGUUCAGGCCCGGGAAUCUGUGGGGGAGCGAGAAGAAGGCCGCCCCCACCUCCUGAGCCGGCGCUGUCCCUGGCAGCAGACCUGAGCGAGCUAAGUCUAGAUCAGGGAUAUCAUACCCUAGCUGACUGCGGCCCACCCAGACGGCGGCGGGAUAAUAGCUUGAGUGAUGCGCUCUGGAUGAAGAUAUUAUCGUAUUUAGAGGUAUCAGACUUAUGCCGAAUGUCCCGGGUGUGUCGGAGAUGGUCUCGUUUCGUGAACAGACUGUUGGCUCGACCUGAACCCUGGCGGAGAAUCCGUGCAGCUGGUCCGUUAGAGAUCGCUGCCAGAUGUGCUGGAGCCAGAGCCGGCUUAUGUGCUGGAUCUGUUAGAGAAUGGAGGAUGAAGAAUACUGCGGUAUCAGUAGCGGGCGCUCAAUUAGUGGCUGCUACGUUUAGAAAUCUGACACAUCUGGCACUCACCGGUUCAACGAGUAUGGACGCGAGAUCAUUAGCUCCGCUAAUAACGGAUCUGAUGGAUUUGCGGCAUUUGGAUCUUACUGGAUGCCUAAACGUCGACUGGCCGGAAUGGGCGUGGCUAGAAAGUCGGCUAGCAGCGCGACGUCCUCCAGUGGAAUACAUAGACCUCACUGACUGCAGCUCAGUGUCAGAUGCUGGCCUCUGCGCUUUACUUCACACCUGUCCGUCUCUUCAGUACUUAUAUCUAAGGAGGUGUACUCUAGUCACAGACGCAGGCGUGCGGUGGGUGCCUUCAUAUUGCGCUUUGAAAGAAUUGAGCAUGUCUGACUGUACGGGUGUGACAGAUUUCGGCUUGUACGAGUUGGCUAAGCUUGGCCAAGCACUGCGCUACCUCUCUGUUGCCAAAUGUUCCCAGGUUUCAGAUUCGGGUAUACGUACAUUGGCAAGGCGGUGUUAUAAGCUGCGGUAUUUAAAUGCCAGAGGAUGUGGUGCCCUUGGAGAUGACGGAGUAGAAGCCAUCGCAAGGGGCUGUUCCAGGCUUAGAGCACUCGAUCUGGGGGCUACUGAUGUAUCUGAAAAUGGACUACAGAUCCUGGCCCGAUGCUGUCCAAACCUCAAGAAACUCGCCCUUCGAGGCUGCGAGCUGGUAGGAGAUGAUGGCUUAGAAGCGGUGGCCUACUACUGCCGUGGUCUUACACAACUCAACAUUCAGGACACUCCCGUGACUUUACGCGGAUAUAGGGCAGUGAAAAAGUACUGCAAGCGAUGUGUUAUUGAACAUACGAAUCCUGGAUUUUGUUAA